AUGAGCUUUGGUAUUUAUCAAAGCUAUAUAAGACAGCCAGAAAAAUUUUUCGCUCCUUCUGUGCCUUAUAAAGUCGGCAAAUAUAAAAGUCCAAGGCGGAAUUUUAAAAGUCCUGAGGUUUAUAGUUCUCAUGCAGCUCCUGUUACAAUUACUAACUUCUCCAACAAAUCUCUUAUAACUAGCAGACUUUCUUCAAGGGCUUCUCCAAGAUAUUCAACAGAGAUGGAUUGGUCAAGAGAUAACAGAAAGUUGGAUAACAGAAGAAAAACUUCAAUGGAUUUUCAAAAAAAUGACUCAUUGUAUAUGAAUUCAUACUCAGAAUGCUCGAAUCUGUGUCUGAAUAAAGUGAAUUUAAGUCUGGAAGAGCCUGCGAUAAAACGACCUACUACAAAGUCAGUGCGGAGAUCAACAGAAAGUGAAAACGUUUUUUCAAACCAAAAGGAAAUUAUUAGGGAAAGUUAUGCUUAUUUAAGACCGAAAUCGAUGAAAUAUACACAGUAUCUGAAAGGGCAUGAAGUGAGUGAAAGAAAAUACCCAAAAUCAAGCAGAUCUUAUAGCGUCAGGAGAGAUGAGAGAGGACAAACUGAACAAAACCACAAAAGACCAAGAAUUGAGAACUUGGAGAAAUAUACGUCAGAGAAAGUAAGAAAUGUGAGGUCAACUCGAUAUGAAUGCUUUUCACCAGGACUUUAUCAGAGUGCUAUAAUUAGCAACUAUUUACUCGAAUUACAAUAA